AAAUCUCCCUGGUGUCUCUCGGAUCAUCGGGCAAUAGGUCAUUCAAAGACCAAAGAUUUGAAAGAGGGGUAUUAGGUCGGUAAGUGAACAUGAGUUCGAAAGGAGUACCGUAAAAUGGGGUGAAUAGGAACAGUGGGGUGGAAAGGAACAAAACUUCAUGUAAAUAUAAAAAAAAUCAUGUGAAGCAUAAUUGCAGUGCAAUGUCUUUGAGUUAAUUUUUUGUCAGUUUGCUAACAUGAUACUAAGAUGAGAAAUUAUAUUUUACACUGUUGGUACCACUGAGUAACAAAUAACACAGCUGUAAAUUUUGUGCUCUAGAUUCUAUGAAAUAUUUAUUCCCCAAAACUUCAUCUAUUAUGACGUGUGCCUAAACAAUGCCACGAAAAUAUCAACCAGUUACUGAGCGUAAGCAUGCAGAUUGCCCACCACAUAUUCUCAAGUUGGCUGUUACGCACAUUCAAAAUGGUCUUUCUUAUAGAAAGUGCUCACAAAAAUACAACAUUCCAACGACAGUGUUGCACAGACACGUUAAGAAAGGAGAUAAAAUAAAAAAAAAAGGUGGACAGACAGUUUUAAGUGAGGAGGAAGAGAAAAUAUUGGUUGAUCGUCUCCAAGUGUGUGCUGAAUGGGGAUAUCCCCUAGAUUCGCUUACCUUGCGAUUAAUUGUAAAAGAUUUUCUUGAGCGACAGGGAAAGAAUGUGCCCAGAUUCAAAGACAAUACACCUGGUCGCGAUUUUGUUUAUUCAUUUUUAGAGCGUCAUAAAGAAGCUCUGUCAGCUCGGAUGUGCCAGAAUAUUAAAAGGGCCAGGGCAGCAGUGUCACAUGAUGUCAUAUCUAAAUACUUUGAUGAACUGGAGAAAGAGUUGAUGAAUGUUCCCCCUUCUCAUAUCAUCAAUUUCGAUGAAACCAAUUUGAGUGAUGAUCCUGGAAAGCGUAAAUUAAUUUUCAGGCGGGGUUGUAAAUACCCUGAACGUGUAUUGAACUCUUCCAAAGCUUCCAUUUCAGUCAUGUUCGCGGCAAGUGGAGAUGGGAAAAUCUUGCCUCCCUAUGUCGUGUACAGAGCACAACAUUUGUACGACAGUUGGAGGGUAGGUGGACCACAAAACUCAAGAUACAACCGUACCAAAUCUGGUUGGUUCGAUAGUUUUUGUUUCAGUGAUUGGGUGGAGACAAUCGCCAUACCCUAUUUGAAGAAACUUGAUGGGACAAAAUACUUGAUUGGGGACAAUUUAGCUUCUCAUCUGUCAGUUGACAUCAUACAGCUCUGCAACAUUAACAACAUCAAAUUCAUAUUUUUACCCACAAACUCUACACACCUCACACAACCUCUCGAUGUUGCGUUCUUCAGACCCAUGAAGAAUUCAUGGCGUCAAAUCUUGGAAGAAUGGAAGAAGGGACCAGGCCGAAAUGAGGCAUCUGUACCCAAAGACAAAUUUCCUGGCUUGUUAAAGAAGUUGGUUAGCACACUUAAAGAAGAUAAUGUACGAUCUGGUUUCAGAAAGUGUGGCAUUGUGCCUUUAUGUCGGAACAAAGUCCUUCAGAUGUUACCAAGCAUUGACAGCAGCGCCCAGAGCGAAACUCAAUCAACUCAACAGUCCCCAGCAGUGCAAGCCAUAGACAGUACUUUUAAAGAGCUGUUGAAGAGCUUACGGCAGUCUGACUCUCCCAAAACCCGACAGAAGAGAAGAAGAGUUACGGUUAUUCCUGGCAAAAGUAUGGAGGUGAAAGACUUUGAAGAAUCUGCAGUUGUGUCUGAACCAGGACCCUCAGGACUAGAAACAAAUGGUAGAAAGCUUGCUGGAGGGGCCCCCACAAAGAAGACCAAAAUUCCAGUAAUCACAGAAUCAUCAUCAUCUGAUGACUCAGAUUAUUGUGUACAAGAAAGUGAUGAGUACACAUUGCAAACAAAUUCUGAAGAGGAACCACGUUUGGGAACUCAUGUUAGUCAUGUCACACCGGUAUCGACAAGUGUUCAUCAUCCAGGAGACUAUUUGGUGGUUAAAGUGUACGGGAAAUCAAAGAAUGUCUUCAGACUCUAUGUCUGCAAAGUAAUGCAUCCAGAAGAUGAUGGUUAAGUAGGAGUCUUUUA